AUUUUUUGUCUAGAGAGUAUUGGCUUAAUACGAAAUCCCUAGUGAAGCUUGUUUGGGUUUGGGGAGGUUUAACGAUAAGUGCAGAUCGACGAUUUUGGUUUGGCGGAAUCAGAAAGAAUGACAGUGGCAAUUCCUUUCUAGCUAUUUCUAACCGAAAACAAAGAAGCCGUACGCAUAGCCAUGUCUAUUUCCACCACCACAAUCCCAUCCCUCCUAUCUCCCAACCUCUCCUUCAAAUUCAAACCCUCAUUCCCCUUCCCACGCCAACAAUUCCCAACCACAACGAAACUCCACGUUCUUAGCCCUCAAUUCACGCGAAAUCUUAUUGGGUUUUCCCCCAGAUUCACCCCAUCGAAGCGUUUCGCCACAAACGACGAUGAGAGUGUUGUUGUUGGGUUAAAUGAAGCUGAGAAAGAGCUUCAAGAGUCGAAUACUAUGCCGGGACGGUUUAAGAUUCAGUUUAAAGAAGCUUCUGAACCUCCUUUCAAGUGGCCAUGGUUUGUAGCACUGGCUUUUCUCGUCUAUGCUUGGAGAGCUGUUCUAUUUGAAUUGUCAAACUGGAAAAACGCUGCAUUUGGAAUAGUUCGAUUUGUAGGUUAUGCAUUGAAAUAUGCUUUUGCAUUAGUCUAUCAAUUCAUAGGAAAUCCAAUCACUUUUACAAUUAGAUCCAUUGAGGAUGCGAUUUACAGUGUUCAGGCUUUUUACUCUUGGAUAAUUGCAUGUGCGCCUAUACCAGACCUGACCAUCAUUAUUUUCCUGGCAUCGGUUGUUUUAGCCGUUGCUGAAACUACUGUUCCAAAUUGUAUCAGCAACCAACCUUAUGUUCUAACCAUAACCGGUCUUAUUGGAUAUGCUGCUGUUAGAGGCUUUAUUUCUGAACCACUGUUCUGGACCCUUCUUGUCGGGGUCUAUGGUUUUUCAAAAUUUAUCAAAAGAAGAGAUGAUGUUUCAUCUGCAAUGCCUGUUGCAGCUGUACUUGCUGCCGUCGGCGAGCCUUGGGUUAGACUUGUGGUGAUUACGUCGUACACGGCCUUAGCUAUUUAUCAGUAUUCAAAAACGCUUUCGAAAGGGAAAGAAGUCGAAGAGAUUGAACCACAGGGGAAGAGACUUCCAGUUCCACUUUUUCUUGCUGCUUUAGCAAUUGGCUUACGAGUUGCUGCUAAGUGGGCUGGGUAUCGACACUUGACAUGGAUGAUAGUAUGACUUGAGGUGUAGUUCAUUCGAGUUUGGAGAAAAAUGAAGUUUGUUGGUCUGUAAAGUUUUGAGGUAGGACAUGAUAUAGAUAGAUAGCUUUUAUUUUGAUUUCCUUGUUGCAAUUGUUGUAAUUUUUUGUUAUCAUUAGGUUGCAGUGUUGUACCUGUCCAUCCAUGCUUGUAACUUACUGUUUCAGUAAUUAGAUUUGCAAUUUUGAUCUACGAAA